AUGGGUGACUAUACUUUUGAAUAUGCGAUUGGUAAGUUUCAAGUAACACGCUUUGUAAAAUUUUUUAAUAUAGGGAGCAUGAAUACAAUGGCAAAAGAAAUCAUAUGUAAGAAAUAUUUCCAGAAUAUCCAGAAAAGCCUUACCUACAAAUUCAAGUUGGAAACGACGAUCGCAAAGUAAAGGUUCUUCUUGACACAAACCGAGAUUACUCCAUGGUCUUUCACAAAACAUGUAAUGACUCUGGGACACCAUGCUCUAACAACAUUCAUGAUUACUUAUACGAUCCAGUGUGAGUCUGUUACCGUAUGCAUUUCUCUUCAUUAUUACAUGUUUAGAAUGACCGGUGGCAGUAUUUCCUCGUUGAGUUUGAACGAUGAGAAACAUUUGCGACAUAAUCGAUUUAAAGGCAGAUUUUAUGCAGAUAAAAUUCGUAUUGGAGACCAUGAUAUCUCCUUACAAUUAGGUGUAAUUAAUCGAGGAAAUCCCGCGAAGAAUUUUGAAUGGGAUGGAGUUAUAGGCCUGGGGAUUACUCGAGGAAAUAAUUACAGUAUUCUCAUGGAAUUGAUGAAACAGUUGAAAGUGCGGAGAAUUACUAUUCAAGAAGGACAUUAUCAUCUGCAAAAAGUAUGAGGCUUAUAUUAUUUAAAGGCGUUAUUGUAGAAAGACAAAAGCGACGUUAAAAAGUCAAGUGGAAGAAUUACAUUCGGAGAAUAUGACGGAGACUUGUGUGGCGAUUUUAAAUAUGUUCAGAAAGGUAAAGGAAAUGGCUGGACCUUCACAACCGAGUAAGGGAAAGGAUUUUUAGUUUUUAUCAAACUGGCUUUAGAGUCACCGUUGGUGACGACAUAUACCCCGACGCCACGGUUGCCAUCUUACCCGGCCGAGACACCCAAGUCGAUCAAGCAUCUUUCAACAAGUAUUUCGAAAACAGGAAAACUUUAAAUCAAAGCUUAUUUGGAGAUAUUGGUUUUACUAUUGACGGCGUGACUUUCAACAUAACCAAAGAAGAUUAUUCUUGGUAUAAUGAUGACUUGGUAAGCAAAAUGACCGGUUCACUCAGAAUAAAUUUAGUCAAAGUCGUAUCGCGCCAGAAUUGACCCGAUUUAUCCAGAAUACUCCUAUAACUUUGGGCUUGGCAGUUCAUUUCUGAAGGAAUAUUGUGUUGCGUUGACCGCGGACGACAAAUUCGAGGAAUUCCAAAUAGGUUUUGCUGAGAACAAGGAGGCAUACAAAUUGAUGGGCAGUAUAUUUAUGAUCAUUUUUCUACUCAUCGCUGUAAGAUACGUGUAA